AUGUUCCACGCUAGUUCGUACUCUGGCUUCGUCGAACUGGCAGGACGAUCCCUGCCAACCAGCAGGCUGUACAGUCUCGAAUAUGUCAACGACGAUGUUCCCUUGACAAAACCCAUAAUAUUGACCAGUGCGGCCUCCGUGGCAUUGAUUCUCAAAAACACGUCUCCCAAUGGAAGCACAGAGCUCUGUGAUACAAGUUUUGGAUCAACUCUAUACGGGAUGCGCAUGUUUGUCAGUUCUGACAAGGACGGAAUGGAAUACACCACAAACUUCUUGGACGCUCCCAGAAUUGCAACCAGACAAAAGGCAACAUUACCUUUUUGGGUUUUCGUUCCUGUGAUCCCCACCUUGGACAAUUCUCCCUUGCCGAACGUCUUGUGGGCCAUCUUGGAGCCGUUCUUCACUAUCCUCACGUCGCUGGAGGAAGCCGUAAUGAUGCUCAGCGGAACACGGUCUGCGGAAACGGGCGAGUUCACAUGUCUAAUACUGGCUGUUGCUGGACGUCCGGUGUCUGAAUUGAUUGGGAUGAUUUCUGUGAUUUCUCCGUCGUUGGAGUCGAGCUGGUCGAUCAGCCGCAACGAAAAUCUGCCAGAGUUAGUGAUCUCAAACGUUAAAAGCCGACCAAUUCUUGUUCCAACCAACAUCACCAAACCAGGCUGGCCAUACGCGAACUCAAUGGAGGUCGGAUAA